AUGGCCGAGUCAAGUGACUGUGCUCCCCCAUCCGCUCUUAUCUGGGAGGAAGACGGGCCGGGUUUGGAUGACGAAGACGACGACGGUGUCCUGAAGAAUGACAUGGCGGCGCUCUGCAACGAGAUACUCGCCCUGGAAGCAGACGGCGAAUACGUAGAGUGGCUGGUGAGCAGAGAGAAGGAUCGCGAGAGCAGAACUCGCGACUCGUCGCCCGAGAGCUCGUGCGACCCCGCUCGUUCUGGUGCCAUUCGAUGGAUUGUUGAAGCGCAGCGCUGUUUCCGAUUCGGAUUGAGAACGGCGUACACCGCGGUGGCGUACUUUGACCGCUUCUUUGCGCACAAAACCAUUGACACAAUGAAAGGCAAAACCUGGGCAGUCGAAUUGCUGUCGGUGGCAUGCUUGUCGUUGGCGGCGAAGAUGGAAGAACACAGCGCGCCUGCGGUCUCAGAAUUCCGAGUGAAAGGCUACAGAUUCAGCAGCGAAGCAGCACAGAGAAUGGAGCUUUUUGUCUUGAGUACAUUAGAGUGGAGGAUGCUUCCCGUCACGCCUUUCGCUUAUCUGAACGUCUUCGCAUCCAAGUUUGAUGAACGUGGACAGAAGGGAUUGAUAUCCAAAGCCAUCGACUUCAUCUUUGCAGCUAUGGAAGGUUGGUAACAGUCGCUUAAUCUGAUACCUAUUGAUCUUUAAAGCCAAAGGAAGCUUGAAACCAUAAGAUGGAUAAGUGCAGUGAUGAAUUUAGUGGAUUUCCAACCAUCAACUAUAGCUGCUGCAGCAGUUCUCGCUGCAUGGGA